CGACUUGUAUGUGUCUAGUCUCGGAAAAGGAACCCUGCAUUGUUCUCGUUUUAUAAUAUGAUCCUUUUUUGUGCUGGCGCAAAUGUCUAUUUACUGUUUGAGAUUAUUUGACAAGCUUGAAAACAAUUUCAUGGGGUUGAAUUACAGCCAUCAAAGAGGGCCAAUAAAAGGAAGAUGUUUACGAACUUGGUUUUUGCAUGUGGCUGCAUAGAAUGUAUCUGUUUUGACCCGUGCGAGGAACAUUGAUCGGAAGCGACCCUUGGUGCCGAAACAACCCUAAAGGAGACGCUGUGAUCCAACCCCUUUCAUGUUGGAAUCGAUUUCAGAUGCUUUCUUGUACACACCGGCGGACAAGUAAACAAUUAACGCCGUCGUGAAAUUCUGCUCGAUUACAUGGUGCACUGUCCGAUCCGGAAUAAUAGAGAGGCACGAGGUGACAGCUCGUUACGAGGCUCCACUUUUUUUUUCCUUUUACCUUUGAAAUUUUACGACCGAGUAGGAUCGUGACUAAUCCUACCCUGGGGGAGGGUGCGCCCCUACUAUCCGCUAAAUCCGCACAGAGGACUAUGCCGAUUCAUAGGCCCCGUAUCUCCAGAUUUUCAACAUGUUCUCUCUACCAAAGAUCAUCCAGUAUCCCUGGUAUUUAUAAGAAAAUUUCAAAACUGCCGGUGUUAGGAAAUGGUCAAUGGCCCAUCGCCAAGAGACUGCACCCCUGGCACAGAGCAGGCAGUAGGUAAGGGCAGCGAGUGCGCGGUGGUGAGAGUACGCGAGCAUGAGUAGGACGUGGGUCGUCGUGUGUCGCUGCAGAGGGCCGAGAGAGCGUGUCUCCCGCGGAACACAGCUGGUACGGACCGUCAAGAUGUAAGGUGUGGGCAGAGAAGUGACGGUAGCCGUUGGCCCAGGCCAAGAGAACGCACGAGGAAGAGGAACAGGAAGAGGAGGAAGAAGAAGAAGAAGAAGAAGAAGUAGUAGUAGAAGAAGAAUCGGAGCGACGACUUCGAUCGAACGGACGAUCCGGGAGGAUGGAGUAGCGGGAACCAGGGAUCGAUUGCUUCCCGAUAGUUGGCAUGGAGGACACGACAGUGGGCUAUCCUUCCGUUUCGAGGAACAUUCCGUGGCUCUGCGAAAUAUAUUCCAAUGGGAUCGAGAGACGUAUUGUAAUCGUGCAGCGAUAAAAUCGAUUCGUCAGCGCCGACGGAAAAAUAUCCAGAUGGUAACGGAAUUUUGAAUGCCGUCCGACGAGGAGGACGUUUAUAAAUAAAAUUGAACGCUCAGGUUUGCUGCGCAACCAUCUCAACUUCUAAUACGUCGAAAGAUAAAAUGUACCAACGUCAUCGAGCACACACCCGCUCACGAAAUGCUCCCCUGGAGGAUCUACAUAGUUGAACACGGGGGAGGAGAACUAUAGCAGUUGAGCAGGGUCGAGGAGUUAUAGGUGCACCAAGGAUCGUGCUAAAGAGUGUCUAGCGUUUCUCUAUGAAGCGAUAAAGGGGCGAAACUACUGGCUACCUUAAUAUUAAGCUGCUGCCGCACGCAAGGAGGUGUAUCGUAUCGACCACUCUUCCUUUGAUUCGCUGUAAUUGUAAUAAUGAAAUCUAACCAACUCGAUGCUCGAGUAUUUAUUCCGUAUUCUCAUUACUGAUAGUACCAUCGUGCAAUUAAGGAUCAAUUACACGGUGUGUAAGGACGGUCGUGUUGGAUCAUAAGUAACGAGGUGCUUGCCUUGUCAACCGUAAAUUGCUCAAAGUAUGGCACGCAAUCAUCAACGAGAGCUUUGCAUCAGGGACUAGAAUUGUCUAUGGUUUCACUGUUUACUUGGCGUCACGAGCACUGUCCAUUUUGGUUAUUACUGUUAUAUUACCACAUUGCGGUAUAAUCUGCUAAUAGAAAGAUUUCCAGAAAACGGCAAAGGGUUUGAAAUACGAGGAUGACGAAAAAUCAAUGCUCGAACCAGAGAUGCUGGAGCUGAGUUAUGCUUAUCACGUAAUCCGAAGGUUGUUUCGUCAAGAAAACGAAGACGAAUUUACGGCUGAACAGGGUGCAUUUAACAGUCUGAGCCCGUCGAGACUUCGUUGCUAAUUGGCUCAACGUAUCAACGACCUUUCUCACCUGCCGAGUUCCUUUUUUUUUUCUUCCCUUGGCUUGGACAGAAAGAGAUUGGAACGGACCAGUUUACUGGAACAUAUUCAUACCGUGAAAUGCUAACACGUGGCACAGAAUGAUUGAAUAUUUCCUGAAAUAACUCAACUUCGAGUCGAAAUAUUUUCCUUUUCCAUUGUUCUGACAGGAAAACGGUUGUGUUUCGUUUUCAAGGGAACAACGAAAAGAAAUGACCAGAGGAUCUGUUCGUUUUCGACCUCUCUAACUUCUUGGAAUAUCUUUAACUUCUUUACCAGCCAUUCGCGUAACACGAUUUCACAAACUACGAGGCGUGGUCAAAUUUUUAAGUACAUCAAAAGCGUAGAGAAGUUACUGGAGUGACUGGAGUGUUAAAAGAAGACUUGGUAUCAAAAACUGAUUGUUCUAAUUCUUCGAAAGAAAUUGGAGGAAGUUUUACGAACGACGUGACCGCAUUUUCAUCGUUCGACGAGCAUCAUCGAGGGCUAAACUAUUGGGAUAAAAUAUGGCGUCAGAGAUACCGAGCGUUCAUCAGAGGAAGCUUGGACCAGCGCCGAUAGCAUCCUUCGAAGACCUGUCCGACGAGGUGGAAAACGGGGAACCGGCUACGCGAAUGCCAGGCAUCGUUGAGGUGGCCACGCCGGCAACGCCUGGUAGUUCGCUUAAGACACCCAGCACGCCGAGAAUUGACAUCAGCAGGGCGAGCAGUUCCUCCCACCAUGAGGAUAGUAACUCCAGGGACUCGUCGCCGGAAAGGGAGCUCCUUGCAGGUGGAGAGCCUCCGGCUGGAUGCAAGCUGACUCUGGGAUACAAAGAGGAUGCUCAAGAUUUGAGAUCCUCGACGGAAGAGUUAGAUCUGCAAGAUCCGAUUCACGAACAGGAUCUCAGAAGGGAAUCCAAGAAACUCGCCAAAAGACGAAAGGAUGAUUCUCAGUCAGAUUACAGUGGUAGUAAGUUGGACCGUGAACGCAAAGACAGCAACUGUUCCGAGAUCAUUUUGUUGAAUAUCAGUGGAAGAACCUCCAGACUCUCUUCCGUGGGUAGCCAAGGUUCUGGUGCCUCUGGCAAACUCUCUGUCGUUUCAGCUACUUCCUCGAGGUCACCUAGCCCGCAUAAAUGCCUGCUGGAAACAUCGUUCUGUGGGAGCAAGCCAACGCUGGCAGACAAUCUGAUAGAGCCAUCAAAGCCAGAGACAGACGACCUAGAAAAGAUCCUGUUGAAACGAGAGGCUGACACUACCAAGGCGUUGAUUCCGGACAGUAUAAAAGUGUCGAUGGUCGAUGGAAAUUUGAAACCUGAUCCCUUGGACAAGCCUCGAAGACGGGGUCGCGAGGAAAGAAAGGAGAUCUUCAAGAGGGAGGUGGAAAUCACCAAGAGAUUUUUAGAGAAGGUGAACAUAGAGCUGCCUGUCGUGAAGAAGUCAGCAGACACGCAAAGCACAACGUCCGAGCAACAGACGCCGAAGAACCAACCGCAAGAGGUUCAGAAACCGGCCACGUUAGACUUCAACGACAAAAGAAAGAAGACGCAGAACUUCAAGGAAAUCGUGCAAACCACUCCUACGACGAGCAGCGUAACCGGCAGCCCGAAACUGCCGAGGCAUCAGAAAGUGCGGGACCUCGAGGGUUCACGAACACCCAGUCCCUCUUCCGUGUCGAGGAAGAGCAGCUUCACCUCCCUGUUCAAGGCCCGCACAGACAGCAGUGUUUUGAGCCCAGAAUCACCGUCGCCCAGCACGAAACCACGACGUAGCCUGACCUCAAAGAUAAAGGACACCACCGAGAGUCUGCGAAGCAGAUCGAAGUCGCGCGAAAGAGUGUCCAUGGACCGAGGGUCCAGCUUGAAGAAGGACUCGAAGAACAAAGGCGUUUUCUCGUCGACGUUAAGUCUGUUCAAGAAACGAGAGAGAAAGAAGAGUUACGACGAGGCUAUCGCGGCUUCAUGUGGGACCGACUUGGAGGGCAGCGGAGGACACCCGUCUUUGGAAAGCAUCGGUCACGUGGAGUUCCGGUUUAACGCGGAGAAGGAGGAACGCAAGGACGACUCGAUUUUUAUAAGCCUCCACGCUGACGAUAGAAACUACGAGGAAGCACUGCCGUCGGAGAGCGUCUCGAUUCCAUUGGAAACCCCGACGAAACUGUUGGACGAGUACGAGUCGGAGCCUCGUACAGGAAGCAUUGUGACGGAAGCAUCGAUAGAACAUUACCCGCCACCGUCGAGAAUCAGAACCGAGGUUCUGAUCGAGACCACCUCAAGAUCGUACGCGCUAGACCAUGAGGUACCUCGAAGCGGAUCCAAGGAUUCAGAAAUUUCGAGAAGCUCCUCGAAGGAUUCCAAGUUAAGUGGUCAAGUUAAAACGAGCGAGGUUGUUGGGAAAUCAUCGACGGUGGAGAGCAAACAUACGGAACAUCGGGUGUCCAGCAGUUCUUCGAAGGAUUCGAUCGGUAAGAAAGAAGCCACGAAGCCUAAGAGAAGAAGCAAAGAGGUUAAACAAACGAUAGAACCGCCUGAAAGAAUAGACGAAAGUAGACAGAAACAGGUGAAGGAACAAGUGAUUCAGAGCACGGAAAUUAAAAGCUCGAAUUUAAUGGACGACCUGAUCAGUCUCGCGGAUGGACUCGCGAAAAUGUCCAGCGUGAUUUCCGAUCUGGAUCACAACAGCUCGGAGUCGGAGAGAGACUCUGAGAUCGAGUUCGUGAAAAACAAGGUUGAGAAACUCGCCGAGGAAUUGCCUGAUGAGAGAAAGGGUUUGUUCUACGAGGAGAGCUUCGAGGAGGAUCUCCCUUAUGUUCCCACCACCUUGCCUAUGGAGAAAAGCGUGGCUGUGCCGAUGCUGCCUGUUAAACAACGACUUCAGGAAGUAAGAACGAUCCCCAUUGAGAGGCCUCGGUCCACGACGCCCAUAAAUCCGACUCUCCUCGACGAGUUCGUGAUGCACACGUCGCUGGACGAGCGUCGCGUUGAGAAGAUGAAGAUAUCCUUACCGCGGGAGGAAAGUUUUAAGCUAAAGAGUCCGAGGAAGCACGCGGCGAACACGUUCAUGGAGUUUGCAGGGAAAGUGCCCGAUGGAGGACGAAAAAGUGCUGGGAAAUCGCCGAGUCCACCGCCACUGCCACCAAGAGCAUCCACGAGACCAAGCAACUGGAUCAAUUUCGAGGAGAUUCCUGAAAAGAGGAAAGCACCGAAGAGAAUUCAAACGAUCCCCCGAUCGGAUGACGAAGGCAAAUCGGGAGGGUACAGUUACGUGCAACCGGAGGAGUGCAGGUGCGAGUGUCACGAGGAGUCGCGAAGAGCGUCGAUGAAAGAAGCGACAACAACGAGAACAUCAUCUUCCUGUAGCAGCAACGGCGAACGACCGUGUAACGGCGAUAAUUGCACGGUACCUAGCUCGACAUCCAUGGACCGUGCCAGCAUCGUCAGUGACAGCUCGCUGGAGUGUAGCCUGAGCAUCGAGGAAGGCAGCCAAUCAUUGUACGCAGGCUCCUCGAAACCGUUUAGCAUUGACCUGGAUGUAAGGUCGAACAGGUCCAGUAUCGUGUCACAGGACGAGACUGACGAGACAGCCUGCACCAAUAAUAGUUAAACACCGGCACGCCUCGCCUUAUUCUCCUUAUUUCUUUUUUUCUAGAUUCUCCUCGUUGAAACUCUCUCUUCGAGACGAGUUCUCCGUUGCUCGUUUUAGCGCGCGUCUAGCUGUGUUCUCGAAUUUCUAUCGAACCUUUUCGCCAAGAACGUAAUACUAUUCUACGAUGAUGUCUUCACGUUAAUAGAGAAGUUUCUUAACGAGUUAUUCCUAUUUCGGGAUGCUGUCUUAGGUAAUUUUUAGAACUAGAAAUAGCCCCUCCAAAUGGGAAUACCUUCUUAACGAAACGAAAACUUGUAUAAGCACAGAGUCGUUCGUUAUUCGGCAAACGCGUACAAAAUGUACAGGGUGCCUCGAAAAAGAUUGUACAUCUUGGGAAAAAAUCACAAGAGUCCUUUUCCAUCUUUCGUGUACCAUCUUUUUUGAAACAGCUUGUAUACUUGAAACUCUGUCAAUCGUUAUUGCAAUUUUUCUCGACUUUUCUCAUCGUUGGCCGUAAAUGUUUUCUGAAAUUCGAUGCAUCGAGAAUCUUGAACGUUGAACAACCGUUUCACGGUCGAUUUCAUGAAAACAUUAUUGCGAAAGUCCCUGAAUCGUUUUAGAGUAAAACGUAUCUUCCACGAGAGCUCGUUCGUUCCCUCGUUACUUGAAACUUUGCACUAGGGUAUGCUUCCUAACGACGGUGGCUCGCCUUUGAAAUUAUUCGUUUCAAACUUUUCGAGAUCCAUACUGUUAAAAAUUAAUCGAAAUUAAUUAGCUAGCUGGAUUUGAAUUGCCUUGAAAGUAUCCUGGAUCUCGAAAGUUAGGGAUCACAUUUUCUACGCUUCAUAUCAUGUAGAUAAACUUAGAUUUGUAAGUGAUUCGUUGAUAGAAGAAUUUAAACGCAUGAGAAAUUAAUCGAACGUUGAAAAGAAAAGAUAAGCAAAUUAUGAUUAAAUAAGGAUCUCAACCUCGACUUUUCUAAGUAUCCUUUUCUCUAGUUCAUAUCGCGGUUGGGUACAAAAGUCGAGGAGUUUCUUCUUCGUGCAUUUCAUCGACACAUCAUUCUAUCAGUAUUACGUGUAAGAAAUCAGUGUGCUUGGUGGGCGUGUAUGAGGAACUCGUGUGUAUCGUCAUUUCAUAAACGGUGCACAGUCAUGGUGCACUUCAUAUCCAUGGAAUUCACAUUUCAUUCGAAAAUGUAACGCCUCUAUUGAAGCAUAGUUUCAGAAACGAGCCACCAUCCACGGAUAAGAAACGACGAAAACGAGAAGAUGUUGUUAUUGUAACGAGUUUAGAAUCAAAUGACCAGAAUCGUACCAGUCGCACCUUCAUCUUGGACGUUAGGAUAUUCUGAUUUAAGGUUUAUGCUGCUUUUAAAUGCUGGAAUCUGUGCAUACGAGCGAGAUUAAUAUCAGUUCGCAUUCACUACUUUGUUAUUCCAUUUCACAUACCUCCAGUGGCGGCUCGUAGCUAAAAUUAGUGGGGGGUGCUGCUUCAGAAAAUGUUUAGCCUUUGUUUUAUAAAAACCGGCACUGUGGAAGCGACAGUGCUCUCUCUCCCGCGCAACCUCGCGCGCAGCUUCCUAUAUGCGCAUGCGCGCGCAGCUACCUAUGUGCGCAUGCGCACGUAGGCUAACACCAUGCCACUGGAACUGUGAAGCGCACAGUCAAGAUUUUUGUAUCUUUUUCAUUAACAGGGAAAUGGCUAUUGACGUUAAGCUUAAGGAUUAUAUAUUGUACAAGUAUAAAGAAAGAAUGAAAAAAGAAAGGACUCGGUAUAUUAAAUGUUAUCGAUAAUAUCAAGUGGAAAUAGGGGGUGCUGCAGUUCCACAGUGCCUAUAUGCGAGUCGCCACUGCAUACCUCCUUGUCUAUUUUCAGAUUCGUAGAAGCGUUGUAAUGGCGUUUCAAAUUCUUCCGUUCAGAAAGAGAUCCAAGGGAAAAAAAGAAAGACUUGUAUACACGUUUAGGAAUUGAGUGGUUAUUCUGUUUUUUGCCAUUGGAAUAAAAAAGGAGCCUAACUGGCACCUGAAAAGUAAAGCUUAACGAAUUGUUCAGUGGUUAAUCAUGUAAUUAGCUAGCUCGUCGAGAUCUAUGAAAGGAUCUUCGAUCGACGAGACUUUUCUUAGAUAUUGAUAGUUUAUCUUUGCCAUCUUCGUCGGAUAUAAUCCAACUUGAUCGUAUUCGAUAUCCAUUGAGUUUUCUAGUACCGUGAUGAGAUAUGGAGAACCUCUAGAGAUCGUCUGUUACUUGCAGACGAAAGAUCAACUCGUUAGAGAAGAUUUUCUUCCAUGGAUCAUUGAUCUGCUGAUUUGAUGAUCAAAUUCUUCAUUCUCAUGUACAUUUUAAGAAUUCCAAGUUUCUCUCUUGGAUUUUCAUGGUGUUCUUUAGAAAUCUGUAUAUGAAAGAAAUUCAAAAGAGGAAGAUUAGAUUUUCUUUUGCUGGACAUGUUCAAGGAUAUAAGUUAAUCCUUUGCAUUCUGAAUUACAUUGAUUAAAUUACCUUUACGAGCGCUAAAGGUUGUAUGUUUGUUUAAUUUAUAAUUGGAUAAAAGAAACAAAUUCUUCUUUGUCAUUGCAAAUUUCAUUCUUUUUUUUCAGCCAUUUAAUGACAUUCAAACUGUGAUACAUCGUCGUUCGAGUGCAAAGGAUUAAGCUUUUCUGUAUCCCAGAAAAGAGGAAGAAAAAGACAAGAAUUGAACGGAUAUAAAAGUUGUUCAAAGGAACAUCCUAAAACCAUAUUGGGAUAUUCCCUGGUAAUCAACCAUCCAGUCUCCCUUUAGCAAUACAUAUACACAUACACACAGGAGCGUUCAAGAUUAUUUUUAAGAUACGCGACGAACUACGAGAAAUUUAAAAGAAUAUUUAAAUGUUUCUAACGUUGUGUAUAUAAAUAAAAAUGAAUUUUCAGAGAGUGCAUAUCUUGAAGGGGUGUGUGUGAGAGAGAGAAAGAAACGGAGAGAAACGUCAUAUGUGUGUGAGAGCGAGAAAUAGAAAAGAAGCGGACAAAGAAAGAGAAUAAAAUAAUGUUUGUGUUUUGACGGCUGGCUCAAUCAUUUCAAACUGCGUUCCUCUAGACACUAGAAUGCUCUCUUGCCGUCAGAAAAAUUGUAAGAAAUUAAAACAAGCUUGAUAACGAUCAUCGUUAAUGUUACGGAUGAAUCCUUUGGCAAGGAAUCGUCCACGAGUUGAGAUUUUGAAGAAAACAUUGCCUGAACCAGAAUUCAUUUGAAGGUACCGUUUAAGUUCUUCUUUUAGAAUUAUCGACGGUACAUCGAUCAAACGAUUGGCAUUUGAAUGUAUUUUCUAAUAAUUGAAAUGUAUUCGAAGGCUCUCGAACGUCUCGAGAGUUUUCUGAGAAUCUUUCAAUUUAGAGCCAAUUAAUUUGCAAAGUCAAGAAUAGUGAAAAGUAAUCGGUCGCUGAUCGAGUCUUCGUUUCAAAGACACAAAGAAAAAAAUUACAACCAGAACACAAAUCAAAGUUUCAAAACGACGAGGAGAAAGGUCGAAAAUAAAUAACGAAAAAGAAAUAAAAUAAAACAAAAUAAAAAAUAGUAAAAGAUAAAAGAGAAACGUGUAGAGAAAAAGGAAUCCGUAGGAAAGGAAAAAGCUUCGUCGUGGACGGCUCUAAGCCUGUUAUUUUCUCAGAAACAGCAUUAAAUUAUUCCUAUAGAGUCUAUUCUUAUAAAUAUAAAUAUAAAAAUAUAUAUAUUAUAUCUUUCGACUGAGUUCCGCGUCAAAUUACCGGAAGUUCGAUCUUCAUAUUCGUUCGCGGGUGAAUUACAAAAAGAAGUGAAUAAGAAAUCCAAGAUUUUUUUCGCUGUAUAUAUAUGUAUGUUUAUUCUCAAAGGAACUAUACUGCUAUUAUAUAACUUACAAACAAAAUAUAAAUAAAUAUAUAUAUAUAUAUAUGUAUAGAGAGUGAGAGAGAGAAAGAGAGAAAAGAAAAUCACACACAUACAAUAAAACAAAAAUUCCAAUAAAACAAAGUAUGGAAUGUAUGCUAUACAUAUAUGAUAUUUCGAAGCACAUCUGUUUUAAGGAAUUGUUACAGAAUGAUUCAAAUAAAUAUUAUCUUAAUAAAACUGAUGACCCUUCCGGGCGGAUCGUUAACCGGUACGAAAAGAA